GCCCCGAAAAUAAGAACUGCUCGUUCUAUUACUGCCCUGCCAUAUGAAGGAACCAGGAAGAGGCGCAGAGCUGCCAUUGGGGAUCCUGUUUGGAAACUUGGAGAUAGGGUAGACUCGUGGGUUCAUGACAGUUGGUUGGAGGGUGUUAUCACGGAGAAGAACAAAAAUGAUGAAAAUACAGUGACUGUGCAUUUUCCAGCACAAGGAGAGACUUUGACUAUCAAAGCUUGGAAUCUUCGUCCUUCUCUUGUAUGGAAAGAUGGAAGGUGGAUUGAAUGUUCUACUUCAGGAGAAAGCAUCAGCUCGUCACAUGAGGGUGAUACUCCAAAGGAGAAGCGUCCUAGACUAGGAGCUCCAGCUCCUGUGGCUGAAGGAAAAGACACGAAAAUGGAAACUGCCGUUGAUCCGGAUUUAGGUAAACCGCCUCAGACUGGUGUUCUUGACCUCGGUGUUUCAGAGACUACAUUUAACAUCGGGAGAAAGGAGGGCAAUCCUGGUCCACUCCGAAUGAAGAGAACCGGUUUGCAAACGCAGGGAGCAAAAGUGAUCUAUGGUGUCCCUAAACCUGGAAAGACAAGGAAGUUCAUGGACGUGAGCAAACAUUACGUUUCAGAGGCGAGCAAUCAAACUCGGAAACAGAAGGAACCAGCUAAGGCUGUGAAACCAAUUGUGCCCCAAAAUCCAGGACCAGGGAGCUGGAGAUUGCCUUCUAAACCGAGAGAAAAACAGACAACAACAACAACGAAGCCCAAGACUUUCAAACCUGCGCCCAAGACCAAAGAGAAGCCGGUUGCUGCACCUAGGAUAAUUCCCCGCAAGGACUCUCGUAAUACAACAUCCUUAAAUAUGGAAUCUGAAGAUGCCGUUGGUCAGAGUGGAGAGAACAAAGGUCCUGCAUCAACUUCCAGGGAUCCAGCCAAGGGAACAGGGGAAGAGCAAAUCACAUCAUCUUCACAAGGCCAAGAUAGUUCCUCCUCGACCACUACUGGGAAAGGGAAAGUGGCUCCUACUGCAGGGAGGUUACCCAAGAUUGAAGAGGCCAAGGCGUUGGAUGAUAAUUCUUCAAAAGCAUCAGAUGGAAUGGAACCACGUAGGUCUGUCCGCAGGAUUCAGCCAACUUCUAGACUACUUGAAGGUCUGCAAACAUCCAUGAUGACCUCAAAGAUUCCUUCCAUGUCACACAGCAGAAGUCACCAAAGUCAAAGGAAACAGUAACUCUAGAGGCAAGUAGGUAAUGGAAGGAGCAAAAGCUA